UUUUAAUUUUUAUAAUUAUAUAGGCCCAGAAAGUUGGACAUUUCGAUCCCGUGACAAAUAUUAUACUUUUAGUUUUUCAACAUCUCUUAGGACUUUAAUAGAAUUCUUAUAUGUGUUACCUGGUUUUCUAGUUGAAGAUCCAGAUUCUUCUUUAAGUGCUGAUCAAGUUUUUAUAUAUUAUACGAAUCUUACAAGAUAUCCAAAAUAUCUUACUCAUCUUAAACAUGAAGGAGGAAUGAAGGAUAAGGAUCCUCCUAAAUCACGUGUACGAGUUCAAUGGCGAUUGUAUUUAUAUUUACAACGAUAUGGUAAUCCUGCUGGAGGAAAUAUUCGAAGAGGCGGCAUUGGAGGAAAUAAUCAAAAAUAUUAUUGCAACGAUAAACGUAUUACUUGCAAUUUAAUCUUUGGCAAGUUUACAAGCUUUUGGGCUUUGGGUUUUACUUCACUUGGUGUCAAUAAUCAAGCAUUUUCUAUUUCAUUUUGGAUUAAACCUCAAACAUUAUCAGGUACAGUUGUUCAUUUAUCAUCAUCUCCAUCAGGCAAUGGAUCUACAUGUUUUUCAUUAUUGGGUUUUGCUUCAAAUGGAACACUAAAUGCACAACUCUUAACAAAUAAUGGCACAAUUGUAACAACUGUCGGUCCUAUUUUACCAGUGUCUUUAUUGUGGAUUCUAGUUGUUCAAAUAUGGAGUACAACGAAUGGACUAAAAUUAUAUGUGAACAAUACACUCUUUAGUUCUAUAGCAGCUUCAACAUUUAAAGGAAGUGAAAUAACACCGAACUACUUAACAUUGACUAAUUGUUUAACUGGUUGUGGUGUAUGUUCAAAUGGACUAAUUGCUUCGCCAGGAUUAUUUGCAGGUGCGAUUGAUGAUUGGCGUAUUUAUUAUCGUUAA